AUGUCUCACUACGAAAAGACACCUUUGAUCCGCCAAGUUUUCAACAAUGGCCAGACAAAUUCGUGGUUCUAUGUCAAACAUGACAUGUUACAACCAAGUGGAAGUUUCAAAUCGAGAGGAAUCGGGCACUUAAUAAGGAAGAGUAAUGAAGAAGCGCUAAGAGAGGGUUCUGGGAAGCUUGCUGUGUUCUCUAGCUCUGGGGGUAAUGCUGGUUUGGCAGCAGCCACUGCUUGCAGAUCAAUGGCACUUAAUUGCAAUGUAGUAGUCCCCAAAACUACAAAAACUAGAAUGGUAAAAAAAAUCCAAAGUGCUGGAGCUAGGGUCAUUAUCCAUGGUAAUCACUGGGGAGAAGCAGAUGAAUACUUGAGGCAGGAACUAAUGGCCCAAGAAAGCCAGUAUGGUUCGAAGACCCUUUACGUGCAUCCAUUUGAUGAUGAGACAAUUUGGGAAGGUCAUUCCACCAUUGUGGACGAAAUUAUACAGCAAUUGCAGGAAAAUGAUAUUUCCUUGCUUAAGGUGAAAGCUUUAGUGUGUAGUGUCGGUGGCGGUGGACUGUUCAGUGGCAUAAUCAAAGGUCUAGAAAGGAAUCAUCUAGCCGGAAAAUUUCCAGUUGUUGCUGUUGAAACUGCUGGUUGUGAUGUCUUGAAUAAAUCUCUCAAAAAUGGCAGUCCUGUUAUUCUUGAAAAACUGACGAGUGUUGCAACAUCUUUGGGUUCGCCAUACAUAGCGCCAUUUGCUUUUGAGAGUUUUAACAAUUAUGGAUGUAAGUCUGUAGUACUAUCUGAUCAAGAUGUACUGGAUACAUGCCUGAGAUAUGCCGAUGAUUACAAUUUUAUAGUGGAACCGGCCUGUGGAGCAUCCUUGCAUUUGUGUUAUCAUCCAGAAAUUCUUGAAGACACUUUGGGACAAAACCUUUACGACGAUGAUAUUGUUAUCAUAAUUGCAUGCGGCGGAUCAUGUAUGACGUAUGAAGAUUUGGUCAAAGCGUCAAGAACAUUGAAUGUAUUAUAG